AUGGUGGUGCUGGCUGGGUUGGCCCGGCCUGUGGUUUCUUCCGUGCUUGCAGCUGGCGUGCUGAUCUGCCACGCUGCCUGGCUGCGUGGCUGCAUCCCAUCCCGCCCGCAUUUCCGUGUGGGUGGUGUCACCUUGGUGUGCCGUGUGUUGUCUGUAGCCGGGUUGCCUAGUCUCCCACCCGGCAUAGCUUUGCCAGGGUUCUCGAGGCUCUCUGGGAGUUUCGCUAGGGGAAAAAGUCCUGAGCCCACACAAGCAAGAAGGAUGACGGAGGCAUCAAUUAGCCCGUUGCGCGCGGGCAGCUCCGUAGUGCUAAGUACAGGGUACAGCAGGAUAGCAGGGAGAGGGCGGGUUGAUAUGAUCCGAUUUGUUACUCUUCGGAGUUUAGGGGGCGAAGUCUAUUAG